AUGUGCACUGCUCUCAUGCCAUGUGCGCUGCUCUCAUGCCAUGUGCGCUGCUCUCAUGCCAUGUGCGCUGCUCUCAUGCCAUGUGCGCUGCUCUCAUGCCAUGUGCACUGCUCUCAUGCCAUGUGCGCUGCUCUCAUGCCAUGUGCGCUGCUCUCAUGCCAUGUGCGCUGCUCUCAUGCCAUGUGCGCUGCUCUCAUGCCAUGUGCGCUGCUCUCAUGCCAUGUGCACUGCUCUCAUGCCAUGUGCGCUGCUCUCAUGCCAUGUGCACUGCUCUCAUGCCAUGUGCGCUGCUCUCAUGCCAUGUGCGCUGCUCUCAUGCCAUGUGCACUGCUCUCAUGCCAUGUGCACUGCUCUCAUGCCAUGUGCAAGGGGGAAUGGGAAGGGGGAAUGGGAAGGGGGAAUGGUAAGAGGGAACGGGAAGGGGGAAUGGGAAGGGGGAAUGGGAAGGGGGAAUGGGAAGCGGGAAUGGGAAGGGGGAAUGGGAAGCGGGAAUGGGAAGGGGGAAUGGGAAGAGGGAAUGAGAAGGGGGAAUGGGAAGGGGGAAUGGGAAGGGGGAAUGGGAGGGGGGAAUGGGAAGGGGGAAUGGGAGGGGGGAAUGGGAGGGGGGAAUGGGAAGGGGGAAUGGGAAGGGGGAAUGGGAAGGGGGAAUGGGAAGCGGGAAUGGGAAGGGGGAAUGGGAAGCGGGAAUGGGAAGGGGGAAUGGGAAGGGGGAAUGGGAGGGGGGAAUGGGAAGGGGGAAUGGGAGGGGGGAAUGGGAGGGGGGAAUGGGAGGGGGGAAUGGGAAGGGGGAAUGGGAGGGGGGAAUGGGAGGGGGGAUUGGGAAGGGGGAAUGGGAAGGGGGAAUGGGAAGGGGGAACGGGAAGGGGGAAUGGGAAGCGGGAAUGGGAAGGGGGAAUGGGAAGGGGGAAUGGGAAGCGGGAAUGGGAAGGGGGAAUGGGAAGGGGGAAUGGGAGGGGGGAAUGGGAAGGGGGAAUGGGAGGGGGGAAUGGGAGGGGGGAUUGGGAAGGGGGAAUGGGAAGGGGGAAUGGGAAGGGGGAACGGGAAGGGGGAAUGGGAAGCGGGAAUGGGAAGGGGGAAUGGGAAGCGGGAAUGGGAAGGGGGAAUGGGAAGGGGGAAUGGGAAGCGGGAAUGGGAAGGGGGAAUGGGAAGGGGGAAUGGGAGGGGGGAAUGGGAAGGGGGAAUGGGAGGGGGGAAUGGGAGGGGGGAUUGGGAAGGGGGAAUGGGAAGGGGGAAUGGGAAGGGGGAACGGGAAGGGGGAAUGGGAAGCGGGAAUGGGAGGGGGGAAAUGAGAAGGGGGAAUGGGAAGGGGGAAUGGGAAGGGGGAAUGGGAAGGGGGAAUGGGAAGGGGGAAUGGGAAGGGGGAAUGGGAAUGGGAAGGGAGAAUGGGAAGGGGGAACGGGAAGGGGGAAUGGGAAGGGGGAAUGGGAAGGGGGAAUGGGAAGCGGGAAUGGGAAGGGGGAAUGGGAAGGGGGGAUGGGAGGGGGGAAUGGGAAGGGGGAAUGGGAGGGGGGAAUGGGAGGGGGGAUUGGGAAGGGGGAAUGGGAAGGGGGAAUGGGAGGGGGGAAUGGGAAGGGGGAAUGGGAAGGGGGAAUGGGAGGGGGGAAUGGGAGGGGGGAAUGGGAGGGGGGAUUGGGAAUGGUAAAUGGGUGUGGAGAAUGGUUGGGGGGAAUGGAGGGGGGAAUGGGACAGGGGAAUGGGAGGGGGGGAUGGGGAAGGGGGAAGUGGGAGGUGAAAAUCGGAGGGGAGGAAGAGAGAGGAACGAGAUGGGGCAAGGUCGCGGCGAAAAAUGGCGCGGGCGCGGUGGGCAAGGGAGCAGCAGGCAAGGGCGCGGCGGGCAACGGCGCAGCAGGAAAGGGCGCAGCAGGAAAGGCGGCUGCGGAAACGGCCACAGCGGGAAAGGGCGCGGCGAACAAGGGCGCGGCAGAAAAUGGCGCAGCAGGAAAGGGCGCGGCUCACAAGGUCGCACCGAACAAUGUCAAGGGCGCACCGAACAAGGUCGCAGCUGGCGCGGCUGGAAAUCCCGCAGCGAACAAGCGCGUUGCGAGAAAUGGUGCAGCUGGCAAGGCCGCGGCUAGCAAGGGCGCAGCAGGCAAGGGGGGGUCCCACGUGGCUAAUGCGCGUCCCACGGUGGGCACGGCGACUGCGCGUCACAUCAACAACAACCAGCCUGCUGCGAUGAUGGGCGCGGCGGGCAAGGGGGGAUCAUCCCACGCGGGAAAUGCGCAACCAGCCGUGAGCGCCGCGACUGCGAAUCACAGCGUCAAUAAUCAGCCUCAGCCUGCUGCUGCGAUGAUGGGAGCGAGCAACAAACCCGUGCGUCCUCACAUGGCGACGGCCGAGGAUGUGACGAUUCACGGUGGCGCUAAGACGGCAUCAGACAAUGUGGCACUUGCCCCGUCGAAAUCACAAUCGCCGCGCCAGCACGGCGCGCGCCCUCACAUGGCGACGGCUGAGGACGUGGCGAUCGUUCCCCAGGUGCCAUCUCCGAUGGGAGCGGAGGAUGACGAGGCGGUGCAGGCAGAGGCGUGGAGGAAUGUGGUGGCUGAGGAUGAUGAUGAGGACGAUGAUGAGAAGGAGGGAAGCGAUGAGAAUGGCGAUGAUGACAAGGACGAUGACAGCGAGAAUGACGGCGACCACAAUGAGAAGGAUGAUGAGAAGGACGAUAAGAAGAACGAUGAGAAGAACGGCAGCGAUGACAAUGGCGAUGAUCAUGGCAAGGACAAUGGCAAGGACAACAAUGAGAAGGAAGAUGGCAAGGACGAUGAUGAGAAGGAUGAGAAGGACGGUCAUGACAAGGACAGUGGCAAGGGCAACAACAACUUGUUGCGCGACAACGAUAGGGACAAUGAGAAGGAAGAUGGGAAGGAGAAUGAGAAGGAAGAUGGGAAGGAGAAUGAGAAGGAAGAUGGGAAGGAGAAUGAGAAGGAAGAUGGGAAGGAGAAUGAGAAGGAAGAUGGGAAGGAGAAUGAGAAGGAAGAUGGGAAGGAGAAUGAGAAGGAAGAUGGGAAGGAGAAUGAGAAGGAAGAUGGGAAGGAGAAUGAGAAGGAAGAUGGGAAGGACAAUGAGAAGGAAGAUGGGAAGGACAAUGAGAAGGAAGAUGGGAAGGACAAUGAGAAGAAAGAUGGGAAGGAGAAUGAGAAGGAAGAUGGGAAGGACAAUGAGAAGGAAGAUGGGAAGGACAAUGAGAAGGAAGAUGGGAAGGAGAAUGAGAAGGAAGAUGGGAAGGACAAUGAGAAGGAAGAUGGGAAGGACAAUGAGAAGGAAGAUGGGAAGGACAAUGAGAAGGAAGAUGGGAAGGACAAUGAGAAGGAAGAUGGGAAGGACAAUGAGAAGGAAGAUGGGAAGGACAAUGAGAAGGAAGAUGGGAAGGAGAAUGACAACGAUGCAGUCGGCUGGCACGGGGGUGAGAGCAGCAGCAACAGACAGGGAAGGGGCAGGACUCAGGCCAUGAAUGGAGCAUCAUCUCGCGUCUCUCGCUUCAACAACAACAAUGUAUGGGAGCUUGAGGACAGUCAGCGCACUGGGUUGCAAAAGGCACAGCAGUUUCGCAUGGCGACAAGCAGCGAUGUGGCCAUUCGCGAGAGCGGGACGCAAGGCGAGAGCCGUGGUGUGAACCAUCAGGGGGCUGGGUUCCACAAGGCACAGCAAUUUCGCAUGGCGACUAGCAGCGAUGUGGCCAUUCACAGGAGUGGGAUGCAAGGCGAGAACCGCGGUAUGAGCUAUGGGAGUGAGCUCGACAAGGCACCGGAGUUUCACAUGGCAACAGCCAGGGAUGUGGCCAUUCACAGGAGCAGGACACAAGGCGCGGGCAGGAACCGUGGUGUGAACCAUGGGAGUGGGCUCGACAAGGCACAGCAGUUCCCCAUGGCAACAAGCAGCGAUGUGGCCAUUCACAGGAGCGGGACGCAAGGUGCGAGCCGUGGUGUGAACCAUGGGAGUGGGCUCGACAGGGCACCGGAGUUUCACAUGGCAACAGCCAGGGAUGUGGCGAUUCACAGGAGCGGUGGUGUGAACCGUGGGAAUGGGCUCGACAAGGCACCGCAGUUUCGCAUGGCGACAAGCAGCGAUGUGGCCAUUACUCACAGGAGUGGGGCUCAAGGCGAGAGCCGUGGUGUGAACUAUGGGGGUGAGCGGCUGGGUUCUCUUGCAUUUGCACAAGCUGACGGUGGCGAUUGCGAUGGUGACAACAACGGCGACAACGGCGGGGAUAAUGGAACUGGUGGUGACAACGGCGUUGACAACGGCAGCGGCAGCGGCAACAGUGGAGGAGGGCCGAUUGACAUUGGCGCGAUCCUGGAGGUUCACAACGCAGCGCGGCGGGAGGUGGGGGUGGCGGACCUGGCAUGGGACGACGGCGUGGCAGCAGCAGCGCAGGAGUGGGCGAGCCAGCUCGCAGCCGCGGGGUGCCCUCUGCAGCACGGCGGCGCGGACGGGCUCGGGCAGAACCUGUACUGGCGUGCGCCGGCCGGGCUGACCCCUGAGGAGGAUCGCAUGGCGGUGCAGGCGUGGGUGGAUGAGAAGGCGGAUUGGACUCCUAGCCCGGUGCCCGAGGGGUGUGUGGAGGGGAGGAUGUGCGGGCAUUACACGCAGGUGGUGUGGGCGGGAACGACCCAUGUGGGGUGUGCGUCGGCUCAGUGCCCUGAUGGGGGUGGCAUGUGGGUGUGUGAUUACUCGCCCCAGGGGAAUAUCAUUGGGUCCACUCCGUUCUAG